AUGCUCGACGUGGAAGAACUCGCUCUGACAGUUGAAAUAGUCCGGUUACAUAUCAUCAUUGUCGGCGCAGGUCUCGCAGGGAUUUCUGCUGCCAUAUCGUGCGCAUUAGCCGGCCAUUCAGUCACCGUCCUCGAGGCAGCAAAAGAACUUGCAGAAGUUGGUGCCGGCCUCCAAAUCACCCCUAAUGGCUCGCGCCUUCUCAAAGCCUGGGAUCUUCCUCAAACCAUGUGGGAUCAGGCAGCUGAACCAACACAGUUGACCGUACAUCGAUAUUCUGGGGCAGUGCUGGCCCGUGAGGUUGACUUUGAUAAGAAGAUCCGAAGGAAAUACGGCGUGCCUUUCGUUGAUCUGCAUCGAGGGGACUUACAGCAAGCUUUGUACGAACGGGCUCAGCAGUUGGGAGUGAAGUUCCAUCUGAAUGAACGCGUACAAAAUGUUGAUCCCGCAGUGCCGUUGCUAACGACUAUUUCGGGGCACGAAUACCACGCUGACUUAAUCGUUGGAGCUGAUGGCUUGUGGUCACGAACUCGAGAAUGCUUCCUAGGAACUGCUGAUCCGCCCAAGCCGACAGGAGACUUGGCAUAUCGAAUUGUUCUGUCUCUGGAUCAAAUCAAAGAGCCAGCUUUACGAGACUGGGUCAGCCAUCCAGAAGUCAAUUUUUGGAUUGGUCCUGGAUCACACGCGGUUGGAUACUCCUUAAAGUCGGGUAAAAUGUAUAAUCUUGUAUUGCUUGUACCGGAUGAUCUACCUCCAGGUAUCACGAAGCAACCUGGAAAUGUCGAAGAAAUGAAACUGCUCUUCGAAGGCUGGGAUCCCAUUCUCACCCAGCUUCUAGGCUACGUUAAGAGAGUUGACAAGUGGAAACUUAUGCAUAGAGAGGAGCUACCAUCAUGGAUCAACGAAGCCAAUAAUUUUGUCUUAAUAGGCGAUUCCUGCCAUCCCAUGCUUCCAUAUCUUGCACAGGGCGCUAAUUCGUCCAUGGAGGAUGGCGCGGCCUUAGGGACGAUCUUAAAGUCCGUCACAAAGAAGGAGCAACUCCCGAAUGCUUUGCAUAAGUUUGAAAAACUUCGAAAAUUGAGAAGUGAGGCUAUCGCCAGGGAAACAUUUAAACAGGAUGGCCCUGACCAAGAAGCUCGAGACGAAAUAUUCAUAUCACAGCUCGGCAGAGAAGAAAUCACUGGUGCUUUUCCUAGCCGAUGGACGUGCCCCGUUGUCCAACCAUGGAUAUAUGGAUAUGAUGCGAUAGUCGAAGCUGAAAAAGCGCUUAAAGGCAGAAGAUUCUCCAACAUUGAAGGGGAAUCCCCGAAGAUGUAG